UCGAAAGACUCUCUGGGGGGGUUCGGCACAUUACUGAAGGACUUGCUUAAAAUCUUGCAAGUGAACGAUGAGUAGAAUGAAAACAACUAUGAUGUUGAUGCAAGGAAUAUUAUUAUUAUUCCAAAUACUACAAAUUUGUGCCUGCCCUGUUGGAUAUAAAAGUAGAGAUGAUGGUACCUGCUGCAAAACGAAGAAUUGUUCCCCAGGAGAAGGGUACUCGUUUUGUAAUGAAACAAGUGAAAAUCCUGGUGUAGAUGUUUGCUUUAGGUGUCCAAAAGGGACUUAUAAUAAAGAUGCCAUCAACACAGCUGACAUGCCUAAGGUCUGGAAAGUCUGUGUCCCACAGGAUUGUUCUUGCAAGCAUGAUGGAACAAUUAUUGAAAAUAUGACAGCUUGUGAAAUGGGAGAACAGAAAAUCUGUGUCUGUGACAGACAAAAUCUCUUUUAUGGACCGGAUCCAGUGAUCUGUAGUAGAAAAGAAGAUCCCAAAGAUAUUGCCAAAAUCCAUCGUCCUGGAUUCGAGCUCACCCUCACUGGGAGUAUAGAGAAGUGUAAAAAAGGAUAUUACAAACCUAAAGUUAAUGACAAUAUCUGUGUGCCCCAUCAAAAAUGCCAGUCAGGAUACCGUGUGAAGAUUCCUGGGACCACGACUACAGACAAUGUGUGUGAGGAAAUACCAACAGAGAGGGAGACAACCCCGAGACUGCCUCCAGAUCGGGAAAAAAAUGACACUGCUCCUGAUGUAAAAGUGGAGCCCACUUACCAUUCUCGUACACCAAUAUAUAAGUAUGUGAUCAUUGGUGCUUGUGUGUUGGGGCUAUUGUUACUAUUAUUUACAUUUUGUGUUUGUCGCAGAAUAAUGCCAGAGAAGUACAGACUUGCCAAAGAAUCUUUGAAGAGAACGUUUGGCACCAAUACAGCAAAUCAACCUGACAAUGAAGAUCUCUAUGAACCAUUGAACAUUCCAAGAAUUGAUCAAAUGAAUAACCAGAUAAUUUUAUGUGAUGAAAGAGAAACAGGGGAGAGAAAUAGUGAACCAGAAAUCCCCCCUGAUUCACUGCAUGGGGAUUUAUCUGAAGAUUUAUCUGAUGUACCUACCUAUGUAUGCCAAGCAAAUAUAAUUCUAGAUGACUCAACACCGUUAACAUCAUAUGAUCCAGAGGACCAAGAGAAUAGUGUAGAAGAAAGUAGUACUGGUCUAGACUUGGAGACAUCUCUUAAAACUUCAGUUACCAACUCAAACUCCAAUCUAGGGGUCAAUGUCCAGGGUGAAAGCAGUGGGGACAAUAGAAGACCCAUUGGUAGAGUAUUUCCCAUUAGAGUGGAGAGUCAAGAUGGAGACCAGAGUGGAAUUAUUACAAGCCCCUCAGAGGAUGACAGUGGACAGUUAGUUCCUGGUGGUCAAAGAGUCAUGGCAAAUUCUGUGUAUUUUGUUAGAUCACCUGGUAUUGAUGAUCAGCAACCUUUGGAUCUCUCUGAGUUGGGUGUUCAACAAGUCAGAGAACACUCAGUUAAUUAAACACCAGAGGUUGAAACUGUAUAUGAACACUAUGGAUCUACAAUAACUAACAGGAUCGAGUUUUGUCAAUUGACAAGUCAAAACUCGAAGAGAAGACAAUACUUCAUCAAAGGCCUGCUUGGGCUGUUCAUUCAUCAUUAAUAUGAGACUCAGAGAUGCAUCACAUCAAUGGAGGAAGGGUAGUGAAAAAAUAUAUCUAAUAAAACAGGAAAGAGCUGUCAUGAAUAAUGGUAGAAACUAAAAAUGAAUUUGGGGAAAAGAUAAAAUUAUUGUAUGGGAAGAAACUUUAAAGGGUUUCCUAGUUAAUGCAAUAUAUGUAUGAUCCACUCCUGAAGUGUCUGGUCUAAGGAUGGAUGAUGAUUUUACACUGUUUCGGGGAUAUUUGACCACCUAGAUGUGCAACAGGCGGUGCUAGCUGUGGCCGUACAGCUGUUGUGACACAUACCAUGUCUGUUCUAUAGAGUUUAACAUAAAAGGAAAUGGGUUCUUUAUCAGUGCACAUACAGUGCCAUGUCAAAUUGAUUUUGACUUUCUGCUACUUUACAGCUAUGAUAUUGAUUUAUGUAGAAAAUGAAGCAUUUUUAUGGCAUUCAGUUUGAAGUUAUCAUUUGAAAAGUAAUUCUGAUGCCAAUAGCAAUAAACUUUUAAUUUAAUAUUACUUCAAGAAAAAGGCCAAGGUCACUUUUUCAAAGGGUAAUUUCAGUCACUAAAAGAUCUUUGCCCUAAACAUCAGACUCGGAAUGUUAAAUUCAAACCUUCAAGUCAUCAUUAUGUUGUUUGCUAUACAAUGUAUGACUGCAUUCAUUGAUCAAUUUAAAAGUGGGUAAUAAUUUCAUCCCAUUUAAAUUUUUCUGAAUUACACCAAUCUAUGUGAGAAUUUGAUUAUAGUAUUCAUCUUGUUAAGUUUGGUUUCAAGAAAUUAUACAAACUGUUGUCAACUAGGGAGAGAGUCAACCUAUUGUCCCUUGAUAAUAGAGAAGAUUGAAGGCUAGUUUCUUAGGUUUUUCCCAUUAUUGAGGGACAACAAUUUGACUGUUCCCCUCAUUGUCAUGAUAAAAGAGUUUAUUUUUCAGUCACAUUGUUAUUUACAGAAGAUUGAUAGUUAUUUGGUAAAUAAGCAAGAGAAAAAAAAUCACGAAUUUGGUACAUUGUAUUAGUUUUACCAGUAGUUGUAUUAUAUCUUCUCUAAAACAAAAAUCUGUGAGAAGGAAUUUUUUGCAAGCAAGUUAUAUUUAUACACUCAGUAUUAAAUUUGUUAAAUCUGAAGUGUGUCUGUUACAUGUACCUAUUGGUCUGUGAAAGUUUAGAAUCAUCUGUCAGAUUGUUUCCUGCAUAAAUGAGUUAUAUGUAUUUGUUGUUGAAAUUUUAAGAGCCAUUCUCUGUAAUAAUUUGAAAUUUUAUUUAGGAGCUGUGGCACGCAUAGUCCCGGAAUUUUUCCAAACUCUCUAUGAUAAAAGUCAUUGAUACCCUAAACUGAAAUCAGGCAAAAAUUGCUUGCUAUGUUUUAAAGUUACCAUGGCAACAUGUCUUAAAGUUCGAAAAUGGCAUUUCUUAACAUGUUUAGAGCCCCAUAGUUAACAUUUGCGGCAAAGCAAACAAUUAGCAAUGACUGUUUCCAAAAGUUGAAGGUCAGGUGUCUCAAAUGCAUGAUAAACAUGUUUGGUAAAUCAACUAUUACAUACGUUACUAUGGUAAUAAAGUAUUCAAAAGUAAAAAAAAAAAUCAUUAAAUUUUACAAAGUCAUACACGUAAAAAUAAAAAGCAAUUAUAGGAUGAAAUGUGACCAAAUAAUAGAAAAUAGAGCCUUGAAACAUAUACCAAGAACAAAAUAUGAUAUUUCAUUUUGGUUGGCAAUGGUUGCCAAGGUUUUUAUACCACAGAGAGCCUUCAAAGUAACACUCUGUAUCUUUAAAUCUGAUCCUAUCUUUAAAAAAAGCACAUUUCCUCAUAACUAAUGAUCAAUUUUAUAAGAUGUUGGUGUGCUCCAAAUUUUCCCAUUUGAAAAAAUUCAGAUUAGAUUCUUUAAAUAGGGCGUUGCUAUGGAAAUAAGCAGAAAGUAUAUGCUUAAAAACCUGAAAAAUAUUUUCAUUCCUUGGAUACGUACCCUUAAAUGUAGAUUCCCAAAGCUUUUAUGACUGAUAUUUAUUAUCAGCUAACUUGACUUUCAAUUUUGACUAUCAUCCAAUCUCUAAGUGGAUGCAAGAAGGUGGCACACAGGGUUUAAUAUUGAUACAAAGUUCGCGAAAUCGAACAUUUAACC